GUGUAAAUAGAGCGAAAGCGGUUUCGCGGCCGUCUGCCGCCUCCGAGCGAUUCUCGAGGAGCCCAGAUGGAGAUGGAAGACGAGCAGGAGCAGCGACGCAGGAAGGUGGAGGCCGGGAGAGCCAAGCUUGCUAACUUCCGACAGAGAAAAACAAAAGGUGACUGUCCGAAUUCGAAGAAAAAGACGGCGAAGAGGAAGGGUUCGGCUGUCCAUGCGUCUGUCCAGGAGGAGGGUUCGGUAGCGGCACCCAACAGCGAGCUCGCCCAAGGAGGGGCUGUCUUUGAAAGCCAGUCGGGCAGCAACAUCCUGGAGGGGGCCGGAGAGGCAUCUGCAGCUCAGGAACAACAGGACUGUGAACUGGAUGUGACUGACCUGCAGGGACAGCAGCAGCCACAGCUACAGCCACCCCAGACAGCCCACAGCCUUGAGCUAGAAGCACUCCGCUUGAGCCUGAGCAACAUGCAUACAGCGCAGCUGGAGCUGACGCAGGCCAACCUGCAGAAGGAAAAGGAGACGGCGUUGACGGAGCUGCGGGAAAUGCUCAAUGGCCGGCGGGCACAGGAGCUGGCGCUGCUGCAGAGCAGGCAGCAGUGCGAACUGGAGCUGAUGCGAGAGCAGCACGCCCGCGAGAAGGAAGCGAUGGCGCUCCGCAGCGGGCAAGAAACAGCUGAGCUGAAGGAGAAGUUACGUUCAGAAAUGGAGAAGAACGAGAAGAACAUCCAGAUGAUCGAGACUCUGAAGCAAGAUUGGGAAUCUGAAAGAGAGUUAUGUUUGGAAAACCUCCGCAAAGAAUUGUCUGCGAAGCAUCAGUCGGAAAUGGAGGGUCUGCAAAACCAGUUUCAGAAGGAAUUGUCGGAACAGAAAGCUGAAUUGGAGAAGAUUUUUCAAGCCAAACAAGAGGCCGAAGUUUCCCUGAAGAACCUGGAGGCUCAGCACCAGGCAGCCAUCAAGAAGUUGCAAGAAGACCUGCAGUCGGAGCACUGCCAGUAUUUACAAGAUUUAGAGCUGAAAUUCAGAGAAAAGGAAAGAGCAAAAGAGUUGGAGUUAGAGACUCUUCAGGCAUCCUAUGAAGACCUAAAGGCUCAGUCCCAAGAAGAAAUUAGACACCUAUGGUCCCAGCUUGAGUCUAUGAAAACCAACAGAGAGGAAAUGAAUGGGUCAUGGGAGCCGCUCCUGGCCCAAGCAUCUCACCUGGAAGAGCUGGAGCAUCUGCGGUCAGAUUUCGCUCAGCAGCAGCAGCAGGAGAGAGCCCAGCACGAGUCAGAGCUGGAGCACCUGAGGGUCUACUUUGAGAAGAGGUUGAAGGAUGCUGAGAAGACGUACCAAGAGGACCUGACCGUGUUCCAACAACGGCUGCAGGAGGCAAGGGAGGACUCUCUGGAGUCUGCAGAGAUCAGUUCAUCCUGUAUAUUUCCAGAGGAGACAUCUGGGAGAGAAAGGAAGGAGCCGCCUGAUCCACUUGAUCGUCAGCUUGAGCAGCCGAAGGUCCAGGACAGUCUGGUUGAAGCCUAUCAGGUGAAACUCAGUACAGCUGAGGAGAAGAUUCAGCAAAUGAAACACGAGUUCCAAAAAAAGGAAGCUGAGUGGGAGCUUUCACAGGAGGACCUAAAGAGAGAAGCUGAGGAGAGACUAGCCUCCAUGUUUCUCGAGCUAAGAGAAAAGGCUGAGUCUGAGAAACUGUCCAUAAUAAACAGGUUCGAGGUUCGGGAGUCUAGCAUGAGGCACCUGCAGGACCAGCAGGCCGCCCAGAUCUUGGACCUGGAGAAAUCUCUGAUGGAGCAGCAGGGUCACCUGAAGCAGCUGGAACAAGAACUCACUAGAGAUGAAGUUCUGCUGUGCAGCCAGUGUGGCAAGGAGGCCCCUGUGGCCCAGGAUGAGAAGAACGUCACGCUCCUCCGAGAGAAGGAAGACUGUGCCCUCCAGCUGCUGAUGGCCCAGAACAGGUUUUUGGAAGAGCGGAAAGAGAUCAUGGCGAAGUUUGCCAAGGAGCAAGAUGCCUUCCUUCGAGACGCCCAGGAGAAGCACAGCCAGGAGCUGCAGCUCCUGCAGCAGGGACACCAGCAGCAGCUUCUGGCUCUGAGGACCGAGCUUGAAACCAAGCACUGCUCUGAGCUCAGGGAGCAGCUCGCUUCCUUGGAGAGCAGGCAGCAGGCGCUCCUUGAGACUCACGUGGCCGAACUGCAGGUAAAACACGAUGCUGAAAUUAGUGCUUUGGAGAAGAGACACCUGUCAAAUCUGGAUGAGUUAGAAUCCUGUUACAUGGCCGACGUUCAGACUAUUCGGGACGAACACAAACGGGCUUUGGAGCUCUUGCGAGUGGAGCUGGAGGAACAGCUACAGAAAAAGGAUUCUUGUCACAGAGAGAUUUUGACGCAGGAGUUGGAAAAACUGAAGCUCAAACAUGCUGCAGAGCUUCAGUCCGUAAGAGAUAGCCUGAGAGUCAACCUGAGUGCCCAACACACAGAGAACAGGAAAGGCCCGGCCACUGACGUGCAAGGAGCUCACCAGGACCGGGCCAUGGCUCUGCACAGUGAUGGGCACCUGCUGGAGGAGGAUGGUGAUGCAGCCUUGGGUAGUGUGGGUGCCGAGGGCCUGCUGCACCAAGCUGUGUCUCAGGAGCUGGGAGACGCACACACAGCUGAAAUGCAGAGGUCACAAGCAGAGUUGGCCAAACCCCAGGAGCUGCAGGCAUCCCAGGACCAGGCUACACAGGUGCUAGACAAGGUCUUCUUGCUGAACCGGGAAUUAGAAGAGUGUCGGUUGGAACUGGAGCAGCUGCAGCAGAGGCGGGAGCGGGAGAACCAGGAGGGCGCCACUCUGAUCUGCAUGCUCAGGGCUGACGUGGAGCGGGCUCAGAGCGAGGGGAAAGCCCUCCGAGAUGCCCUGAGGAGACUUCUCGAUCUGUUUGGGGAAACACUGAAGGCAGCUGUGACCCUAAAGAGCCGGAUCAGUGAGCGUGCGGGGCUCCUCCUGGACCAUGAGGAUGCUACAGAUAUAAGCGAUGCCAGGCUAGCAGCUGCUGCCCUUGGCAAUAUGUGGUCUGACGAGGGUCUGCUGGAGAUAGACAGAACUUUGCCAGAAGGGGCAGAGACAUCUUCAGUGUGCGAAAUCAGCAGUCACGUGUGUGAAAGCUUCUUUAUGAGCCCUGAAAACACACUGGACUGUGAGCAGCCAAUUAGAAGAGUCUACCAGAGCCUCAGCACCGCUGUGGAGGGUCUCCUGGAGACGGCCCUGGACUCCUCCAAACAGCUGGAGGAAACUCGCCGUCUCCAUCACUGUGUUGAGAAAGAGUUCCGUCACAGGAACGAGGAGAUGGCCCAGGCCGUGCAGAAGCAGCAGGAGCUGCUGGAGCACCUGAGGGAGGAGAGUGCGGCCAAGGACGGGCUGGCACUGCAGUUGCACACGGCUGAGGGUCUCCUCGAAGGAUUCAAGGUGGAGAAAGCAGAUCUGCAGGAGGCGCUGGACAAAAAGGAGGAGUCAGAACAGCAGCUGGUCCUGGAGCUAGAGGGUCUUCGAAGGCAGCUGCAGCAGGCUACCCGGGAGCUGCUUACUCUGAAGGAGGAAAACUCCGUCUUGUGGAACCAGAAGGAAACUUUCACUAAUGAAGCAAAGGAAAGAGAAGCUGCACUGCAGAAGGAGGUGGAAUCUCUUACCAGAGACCAGUGGGAGUCGAGGAAGCAGUCUGAGAAGGACCGUGCCACCCUGCUCUCUCAGAUGCGCGUCUUGGAGUCUGAGUUGGAGGACCAGGUUGUGCAGCACCGGGGCUGUGCCCAGCUGGCUGAGGAAGUGGCUACCCUGAAGCAGCAGCUGGCUACCCUAGACAAGCACUUACGUAGCCAGCGUCAGUUCAUGGAUGAGCAGGCUGCUGAGCGUGAGCAUGAGCGUGAAGAGUUCCAGCAGGAGAUCCAGAGGCUGGAGGGGCAGCUCUGCCAGGCAGCCCGGCCACAGCCUCCGGGGUCCCGAGACAGCCAGUGUGCCCCGCUAGAUGAGGUGGAAUUGUUACAAGAAAAGCUGAGAGAAAAAUUAGACGGGUUUAAUGAAUUGGCCAUAAAGAAAGAUUUUGCAGAUCAACAGUUAUUAAUCCGAGAAGAAGAAAUUAAGCGUCUUGAGGAGACGAAUGCCAGCAUACAAAGGCAAAUGGCCCAGCUCCAGGAAGAACUGGAAAAACAGAAAAAAAGCAUGGAAGAAUUAAAGGAAAGAGAGACACUAAAGCAAGAGUGCAUGGGUGACUUACUGCUAACACCUGUAUCACGGUCCAGGCUGGAUGAAGCUGGGCGUCCUAUGCUUUCUCAGGGUGGCAUUUCUAGGGGUCUGGAAGCCCACCCAGAGGUAGCAGAGAGGGCGCUCUUGCAGCAUGAGAAUGAGGUUGUACGGAGCAGAAACUCUGAGAUCGAAGAGCUGAGAGCCAUCAUUGAGAACUUGCAGGAAAACCAGAGGCAGUUACAGAAGGAUAAAGCUGAGGAGACGGAGCAGCUCCACGAAGUCAUUGAGAAGCUGCAGAGCGAGCUAAGCCUCAUGGGGCCCAAGGUGCAUGAAAUCAGUGAUCCUCAGGCUGGCAGCCUCUAUGAUGAGCUGCCCUGCCUCCAGGUCGCAGGCCUGGGUGGACAGGCACUCCGCAGUGAGCUGCAAGCGGCACAGGCAGCCAAGGAGGUCUUUGGGCAGCUCCUGGCAGACCAGGCACAUGGGCACAGCCAGGCCCUGGAGGCACUGCAGCAGCGUCUCCAGGAUGCAGAGGAGGUUGCUGCAAGACACCUGGCUGAACUAGAACACUGUGUGGCCCUCAGAGAGGCGGAGGUGGAAGCCAUGGCCUCUCAGAUCCAAGAGUUUGAAGCUACCCUGAAGGCAAAGGAAGCAGUCAUUGUGCAGAGAGAUUUAGAGAUUGGAGCCAUGAACAAGUGGAAAGUAAGCCAUUCCCUGGAACUGGAGGCCACCCUCUUGUCUUUGGCUCACUUCUGUCAUGCUCUGGAACAGCAGCAGGCCCUUGCCACCCCAGACGAGCCUCCCCAGCUACGGCAGCUGCAAGUGCAGUGUGCUCGCCUCUGCCAGCAGCUGCAAGUGCUGUACCGGCGUUUCCUCAAGUUCCAGAUGGAGUUGGGCCAGCAUCAGCUUCAGGGAGCGUCUGUUGGCUGUGCAAGCCCUUGUGCAGAGGCACAGGCUAAACAUGAUGUUGAACUGGAACCGGACAUAGUCAGCAGCGGGCUAGCCUUGGCUCCCCGCAGCCCAGCCACACAGGCUGAGGACGAACAACCGGAAGACGGUCACCUGGGCAACGCCAGCCUCAUAGCCCAGGUGAGACAACUUCAGGAGAAACUGGACCAGCAGGUGCAUUCCAUGGCCUUCAGGGACACCAGCAUUGAAACAUCUAAAUUACAGCAGCCAAAACUGUUAGAAAAUGGUUCCAGUAAUUAUUGUCAUAAUGGUGAAGAAAGCAAGCCAUCACCUCCUGAUGCUGUGCUUAAUACUGAUAAAGCCACGUGGGAUGUGACCGAUGUUAUUAAAAAUCAGGAUUUGCUGGUCCAAAUUGAAAGGCCAGAUUUCCCCACUCAAGAAAAGUUAACAUCACCAGGGGGGCCUUUCUCCUCCCGAGCCGGUGUGUACAGCAACUCCCUCCUCCCUCAAGAGACUGAACCCCAGAAGGACCCUGUGAGGGCGCUAGAACUGUCUUCCUGGAGCUCCCCUGAGGUUCUCCGGAAGGACCCGUCCUUGGAGCCUCAGCACAGCCUGCCCCUGACUCCGGGCGUGGGUACAGUGAGCCUGCAGAGUGUGGACAUGUCACCAGACUGGACAGACCCACUGCUGCAGGCUGAUGUGUCGGGUCUGCUUUGUUACCCGGGCAGGUCUGCAACAGGCCAGGCCCCACUGUGGGCAGUGACCCCUUCGGCUGAGAAGCACCAUGUGGAGAGGACAGCCACGGAGAAGGACGUCGAGGACUUUAUCGUAACAUCCUUUGAUUCUCAAGAAUCGUUAACAUCCCCUUCUCAUGAGUUAGCGAGAAGAAGCGACGGGAGCGGGAAAAGUGAUGGCCCAGACAUUGCUAUGAUGCUGACCCUGGGCUCAGAAGGAUCCGAGACUCCCACCACUGAUGUAGUAGCUGCUACUGUUCCUUUCUCUAGAAGGUUUGUCCAGUCACCAGGAGCAAUGAAGGAGAAGGAAGUCCAUGCAAAGCAAAUGAAGGCUUUGCUGCAGAUGGUGUUUGAUGAGAGCCACCAGAUACUGGCCUUGUCAGAAAGCCAGGACCCCUCUAGUGCACUGAGCAAGGGUGAACCACGUGACCCUCUGGAUGGCUUCCCAAGGGACAGGCAGGCCCUUUCGGAGGUGACAACUGACAGAGGAGAGAAGGAAUCUUUGGAAACACACCUUACGUGGAGUGAGGAGCUUUUGCGGGUCAUACAAGAAGUGUUCGCCAGGGAGCAGGAGAAUGCUGAGCUGCAGCCUAGACCUUAUGGCUCAGACCUAGGAAACUAUAACUCCCUGGUCAAGAGGCUGGAGAAGGUUAUCCAAGAGCAGGGAUACCUGCAGAAGGUCCAGGAACACCUGUGUCUGCCAGACAGGAGCAGCCUGCUAGCCGAGAUUCAGGCCCUGCGUGCUCAGCUCCGCAUGACACACCUACAGAACCAAGAGAAGCUGCAGCAACUGUGCGCAGCCUUGACAAGCACAGAGGCCCGAGGGAGCCAGCGGGAGCACCAGCUACGGAGACAAGUUGAACUAUUGGCGUACAAAGUAGAACAGGAAAAAUGCAUAGCAAGCGACUUACAGAAAACCUUGAGCAAAGAACAGGAGACGGCGAGCGACGUGCGCAAGCGCCUGAUGGUGGAGCAGAGUGCUGUCCAGGACUUGAAGUCCGAGCUGCAUGCCUGUAAGCAGGAGAACACGAGCCUGUUGGAGUCGCUGGACAAGGUGCAGCAGGAAGUCCUGCGGCUCAGAGCCGUCCUGGACGGGAAGGAGAACGAGCUGAAGGUUGUACUUGAGGAGCUGGAGUCUGAGCGCGGAAAGGGGCAGGCCCUCCAGGCCCAGCAGGAGGAGCAGCAGCUUCGGUACCUGCAGAGGGAGGGCCAGAGCUCAAGGGCCCUGGAGGAGUUAAAAAUAUCUUUGGAGAAGCAGCUUGCUCAAAAUAAUCAGCUGUGUGUUGCUUUGAAACACGAGCGGGCGGCCAAGGACAACCUGCAGAAGGAGCUGCAGAUCGAGGCCUCGCGCUGCGAGGCCUUGCUGGCACAGGAGAAGGGCCAACUCUCCGAGCUGCAGAAGAGCCUAGAGGCUGAGCGGAACCGCUCGCUGGAGCUCUCCGAGGCCUUACAGCACGAGCGGCUCUUGACGGAGCAGCUGAGCCGCAACACGCAGGAGGCCCGUGCCCGCCAGGAGACACAAGUGCAGCAUGCUUUACUGCGAAAGCUGAAAGCAGAGAAGGCUCGUGCAUUGGAGCUGGAGGCCAUGCUCGAAAAGGUGCAGAAGCAGGCUGCCCACACCCAGCAGCAGCUGGAGUCGCAGGCUCAGGAGCGCUGCGUAGAGCUCAGGAGAGAGAAGGAGGUAAGUGGCAACCUGAGGUCAGCCGUGGACGCCUUGCGGACCCACAAACAGGAGCUGGGAUGCUGUCUGGAGAGAGAGAGGGAGAAGGCAGCUUGGUUACAGGCAGAAUUAGAACAGUUAUCCGCCAGAGUGAAAGAGCAAGAAGCACGCAAGGACGCAAGGAGGAUGGAGAGGAGGUCGAGCCGCGCAGACCUGGACAAGAGGAAGUGGCAGAGAGACAAGGAGACGCUGCGAGAGUUAGAGAUCCAGCGUCAGCGUGAUGAACAUAAGAUCGAGCAGCUUCAGCGCAUGGUGAGGGAGCUGAGGUGCAAAGAGGAGGUGCCCGGAGGAAGUGGCCCUUGCCGGGGCUCCCCCUGCCUGGGUUCUGUGGAGAGGGGCCAGUUCCAGGAGCAGCAGCAGGAACUGGAGAAGAUCCGGCAACAGCUGCUGUGUGCAGCUGGGCUCCUCACAAGCUUUACCAACCACACAGUCGACAGGACAAUUAAAGAUUGGACGUCAUCCAAUGAGAAGGCAGUGUCCUCCUUAAUGCGCACACUGGAGGAGCUGAAGUCUGAACUGAGCAUGCCCACCUCCUUUCAGAAAAAAAUGGCUGCAGAACUACAGGUCCAGCUAAUGAAUGAGCUGCUGAGUGACAACGAUGCCCUCACAAAAGCUGUGGACAUGGCACACAGAGAGAAAGCAGAGCUGUGCAGGACCGUCUCCCGGCUCGAGAAGACCCUGAAGCACCACACGCAGAAGGGCUGCAUUCUUAAUAGGCAAAGCAAAUCUUCAUUGAAGCAAGAUGGGGCGGAUCUGCAGAGUUCUCCUCGGUACUCAGACCCAGAGUGUCGCGCACAGACUACAAGCGGGGAAACAAAUACCUGCAAUAUCAAGAUGGAAAAGCUGUACCUGCAUUAUCUGCGAGCAGAGAGCUUUAGGAAAGCUCUGAUUUAUCAGAAGAAGUAUCUCUUACUGCUGAUUGGUGGGUUCCAGGACUCGGAGCAGGAAACGCUCUCAAUGAUCGCUCAUUUGGGGGUCUUUCCUUCCAAAGCAGACAAGAAAAUUACCACAUCACGUCCCUUCACCAAGUUCCGCACCGCUGUUCGAGUGGUCAUCGCAGUAUUGAGGCUGCGGUUUUUGGUUAAGAAGUGGCAAGAAGUGGACAGGAAGGGAGCGCUGAUACACAGCAAAAGCACCCGCCACGGACAUCGAACAUGCCAGAGACAACAUUCUCCGUCGGGAACCAGAGCAUCUCUGCCAACCCGAGACACAUCCUCAGGGCAUACCAAGGACUCUCGGCACAGCCCCAGAUCUGUGGCAGCCGUCUCGCUGGGCAAGGAAAGAUCAACGUCAACACCAAGUUCAAGGCUAGAAAGAUCCCUGACUCCGUCUCAAGAUCCUGAGCAGUCCUUGACAGAAUACAUUCAUCGCUUAGAAAUGAUCCAGCAGAGACUUGGGGGGCUGCCACCAGAUUCUACUCAGAAACCCUGCCACCAGAAGAUUAAACAAUGAAUAAAGUCCUUGUGGCUCUUAACCAGUGACAUUUCUAUUUGAGGAAAGAUUUUUUUUUUUCCUAAGGAAAGCUCAUGGUAUGGUCUGUCACCACUUUGGGAGUGGUGACACCAGGCCCUAGGAGCCACCGAGAGCUUCCUCCUCGGCACACUGCUAAAUGGAGGGAGCACGCUGCGCUCCUCCCUGCCCAGCGCCAGCGAGCAGUGGCCACGCUGGGGCCCAUGCCUGACGACGGAGCCAUCUGCCUCGUCCGCGGCAGAAGCUGCUUGUUUUCUUAGCGUGCCAGGAUGGGACGAUGGGACGGUCAGUUGAAAAUGAACACAAAGGAAGAAAGGAAUGCAUUUUAAGAACUGUUCUCGGAUGGA